GCAUGAAAGCAGUGGGAAACAGAAACACUAUGGCUGCCACUCUGUCUCUUACUCAGCUCUCCAGUGGAAAUCCCAUCUAUGACAAAUACUAUCGACAGGUUGAUCCGACUGGCAGUGGGCGGGUGGCGGCAGCCGACGCAGCUCUGUUCCUGAAGAGGUCGGGCUUGGCAGACCUGGUCCUGGGGAAGAUCUGGGAUUUGGCAGACUCUGAACGUAAAGGUUCUCUUAACAAACAGCAAUUCUUCAUUGCGUUGCGGUUGGUAGCCUGUGCUCAAAAUGGCCUGGAGGUGGCACUCAAGAGCCUUAAUGUGGCUGUUCCUCCCCCCAAAUUUCAUGACACAAGCAGCCCGCUGUUAGCAGGAGGAGUGGCUGUUGACAUACCCUGGGUUGUCAAGCCUGAGGAGAAGAUGAAGUUUGACUCAAUCUUUGACAGUCUGGGUCCAGUAGGAGGGAUGCUAACAGGGGACAAGGUUAAGCCCGUCCUGCUUAACUCCAAGCUGCCAGUGGACAUCCUCGGCAGGGUGUGGGAACUCAGUGACCUUGACAGAGAUGGCAUGUUGGACAAAGAUGAGUUUUCUGUGGCCAUGUAUUUGGUGUACAGAGCUCUCGAGGGGGAGCCCGUUCCCAUGUCCCUUCCACCUCCCCUGGUUCCACCCUCCAAGAGGAAAAAACCCUCGGUGCCUCCUGUGAUGCCCCUGUUACCCUCGCCCCCCUCCGUCAAAGACAGUCGCUCCUCCCAUGCUGGCUCUAAGACAAUGCCCCACCCCUCUAAACCCGCCCCAGCUCCUGUCCCAGCACCAGCAGCUGCCCCUUGGGUGGUGUCGCCAGCAGACAAAGCCAAGUACGAUGAGAUCUUCAACAAGACUGACGGUGAUAUGGACGGUUUGGUGUCUGGACCUGAAGUCAGAGAUAUCUUCCUCAAGACUGGGUUGCCCUCUGCCACGCUCGCACGUAUCUGGGAGCUUUGUGACAUUGGAGACAUCGGGAAACUCACCCGAGAGCAGUUUGCCCUGGCGCUUCAUCUAAUUAAUCAGAAGCUGACUAAAGGCCUGGACCCUCCACAGAACCUCUCCCCAGAGAUGAUUCCUCCAUCCGACAAACAAAAUAUCAAACAGAACAAUGUGGUAAACCUGGCAGCUGACUUCUCAGCCAUCAAGGAGCUGGACUCUCUCAGCAAUGAGAUUGUUGAACUACAAAGGGAGAAGAGCUCUGUGGAAGAGGAGAUCAAGGAGAAGGAGGAGGCCAUCAGAGAGCGCAGCGGCGAAGUGCAGGACUUACAACAUGACGUGGCGAAGGAGAGCGAGGAGUUGCAGCGGCUCCAAGCUCAGCGUCAGAAGGUCCAGGAAGCCUUGGAGGAGCUGGACCAACAGAAGGGCUCCUUGGAGGAGCAGCUAACUCACAUCCGCCAACAGACCAACCAGGAGACACAACUGAUUUCAUCGCUGCAGUCGGAGCAUGAGGAGCAGGAACAGAGGAUAUGUCAGUAUGAGGAGGAGCUAGUUCAGGCGCGAGAGGAACUCCUCGCUCUGCAGGAGGAGAGCAGGAGGCUGCAGGAGAAGGUCCAGGCUGCUCAGGAGCAGCUGACACCUCUGCAAGAGUCUGUGCGAGACUCCUUCACACAAGUUGCACAGGUUCAACAGAAACUGAACGACCUUCAGGUAGAGGAAAGGUCAGUGACUGCCCAGCUCAGCUGGAAGAGAGCCCUGGAGGACAGUUCUCCUGUGAUGGUCAAUGGAUCAUCAGGCCCUACAGCAGAGCUGCACCAGGUGGACCCUUUCCAGCAGGACCUCUUCCAGGAGGACCAGCCUAAAGAGCUGAAGGUGGAAGAAACAGCUGCUGUCUCCAAUCUUCAGAAAGAACAUUCAGAACCAAAAGAGAAAGAAGUGAAUGAAAAAGAAGAAGAAGAAGAAGAGAAGGAGGCAGAGAGUCCAAAUACUCUAGAAGAGGAAAAGCCGAAACCUGAUCCCUUGGAUGAUCUCUAUACUAGUCUAGCCUCCUCAGAUAUGUACAAUAGUCUGGCGACCAUUGCCAAGCCACGGGACAACACUGUUAGGGAACAAAGUAGCCCUGACAUCUCCUCAGAAGUUGCAGAUGAUGCAGAUGAGUCGUCUAAAGAGAGCCCACCAGAGGUUGCUUCACCAGAGAGAGAGAGCAAACAGGAGCCAGCAGAGUCCCCAGAAACCACCUCCACCUCGUUACCAGUCGGCCCCAUGCCGCCGCAGACCAGCCCGCCCUCCCUACCUGAGAUGGACUUCUUCCAUUCAGACCCCUUUACUGACCACGAUCCAUUCAAAGAUGAUCCAUUUGGAAAAGCAGAUACUGCAGAUCCAUUUGGAGGAGAUCCGUUUAAAGGGACCGAUCCUUUUGCUGCAGACUCUUUCUUCACACAGACCUCCAGCGCCCCCUUUUCCUCAGAGGACCCUUUCUCUGCCUCAGCAGACCCAUUUGGUACCACUACUGGCAUGCCAGAACCAGACCUGUUUGCAGGCAAGAUGAAUGAAGCAGCAGCUGCACCAGCAGCAGGUCCCGAUCCCUUUACCUCCAAACCUACCAAUCCAGCUUCAGCAACCAAGGAUCCAUUCAGCUCCACAGGGAACAACAUGGCUGAGUCUGACCCUUUUGGAGGUAAAGUCAACGCCAUGGCAGAGGCAGAUCCUUUUGGUUCUCAGGACGGAGAGACAGAUCCCUUCAGCUACUCAGCAGCCAGCUCUGAUCUGGCAGUGAAGGACACUGCAGCAACCAAUGACCCCUUCGCUCCAGGUGGUACUACAGUGAGCGCCAGCUCAGAUCCAGAUCCGUUUGCUGCUGUGUUUGGUAAUGAAUCAUUUGGAGGGGGCUUUGCAGAUUUCAGUGCCUUGACGAAGUCAAAUGGUGCUGACCAGUUUGGUAUCAACAAUAAGAACCUGUUCCAGGAAGAGAGUCAGUCUGCCAGCCCUGACGUGCCCCCUGCCCUGCCCCCAAAAACGGGUACACCAACUAGACCACCCCCUCCACCUCCAGGUAAGAAAUCGUCCAUCUCCAGAACAGAGUCCUCUGAGUCCUUCCAUCGACGAGGGCACUUCCUCCCACAGCUUUCAGGAGACUUCUCCUCUACUUCCUCCUCGCCUUCCCUGCCUGCCAAGGAUCCUUUAGCCGACCCCUUCGCCCCCUCCUCCCCUCCUCGUCACAACGUACGGGAAACUGACCGAUUUGCCAGCUUUGACAAAUAUCCAACAGAGGAAGACAUGAUAGAGUGGGCAAAGCGCGAGAGCGAGCGAGAGGAAAAGGAGCGACUCGCAAGGCUCACCCAGCAGGAACAAGAAGACCUGGAGCUGGCCAUCGCUCUCAGCAAGUCUGAACUCUCCUGAGGACAUUGUUUCCCCCCUCCUCCACUGGCCUGGCCUGGCCUGGCCCGGCCCGGCAAGGCUUGCCAUGGCACAGCACAGCCUGGUCCAGCCCAGAAAGCACCAAAGCAAAGUGGGGACUGUAUAGGACUGAUUCAGCAACAUCUGCUGACCCCAUGAAGAGACUUUCUUAGAAUAAACCCAUCUCUGAAUAUUUCAGCCCCCCCACCCCCCAAGCUGUGUUCACUGUUCACUGGCAUUGCAGUAUCGUGUUUUUCCAUCCUGUUGGUCUCUGUGGUCUUCGUUUGGAGGAGAGGAUUGGGGUGAAGUAUAUGGAUUGUUUAAAUGAAAUGCAGUGAAAAUGGAUUUAGAGAUCGUCAAGUGUUAAGAUCACCAUGAUCUGUUGAUUUUUAACACCAGGCUGCAAAUGCCACACUAACUCUCCAGAAUGUAAUUUAUUUGAAACUAGGUUGAAAUGGCCUUGUCUUUAUCCACUAACCAAACUCACUACACUUUAUUAAGUCUCAGCUCUCUCUAGCUUCUAAAUUCAUAUUGAGGAUUUCUUGAGAUUUUAUUAGUGAAUGAUAGACAUGCCAAAAAUGUGCAGGUUUUCUUCCAGUAAACUGUUAAUACAUGAAAUGUUAGGAUUUGAAGGUGCUGUAACAAAAUCUAGGCAUGUAUCUUUAAUAUUGUCCUUUUCAAAUGGAGUGACCAUGUACUUCUCCAGUCCUGUAUGAUGGCAGAGAGCCCGUGAGAUUUUCCCUUUUCUUUUUUCUUUCUUUUUUAAUUUGAGGACAGGGUGACAGAAUUCAACAUUUCUACAUGUUUAACUGGAAGUUACCAGUCCUCUGAUAUGUGAAAUGCAUGUGCUGAUUUAUACUAAAAUUGAACAAAUCCAUCACAGCUGCCUCACUCAGCUUCACAAUACUUAAACUUCUUUUGAAUUUAAGUAGUGCAAAGCCUUUCCCUGCAUCUGUUUUGUCUAUGUUAGAAAAUUUAUUUUUUUGGGAGACACUGAAAGGAGUGAAACGACAUCCAUGAUAUGUAAUAACUACAUAUUAAUUUGCAGACACACUACAACAGAUUGCACAAAACGAUAUUCAGUGUCUAAGAUUUAGAUAAUGCCUAAAAAAUGUCCUCAAGCAGUAAAUAUCCAUGUCACAAAUUUCACACCAGGUCCCAUUUUAAAGUGUGCUACCAUUGGUGCUUCUUUUGUUAGCAUUUGUACGGACCUCUUUUUAGUUUUCCAGGAUGUUUUCUGGGAGAUGCUUCCCCUCUGCAGAGGCGAACUGGAUUUCAAAGUCUUACACAAAGUCAGUAAAAAUUGAUUAGUGUCUCUGCGUUUUUGGUGGAGCACUUUCUGUCUGUGCACGUCAGGCUCUGUGGUCAUUUAACUUGCAAAAAGGCUGCUGUUGCACUGUCAUCCUAGGGAGGGCUCAACUGAGAGCACAACAUUUUGACAUCUCUUACUGUUCUGACUUUCAUUUUUUCUGUUUCUGUGUAGAGUGAGCAGCGUCAUCUAGUUCCCUCUUCUCAUGUUUUAGCAGUUUACUGUCUCUGGUUGAUGCAGCACUUCCUACUGAGUGCAGUCUCUCAUAUUGCAGUUCACAUGUAUACAGGAGAACCAGAGUCGCCCGUCUGUUCGUCACCUUCACAGCUGAGUCUCUUGGCGUACUACAGUUAAUAGAUUAAUUCUCUCGCAGUUAAAGGCCUCCAGACACAGUACUGUCAUUUGUACAGACUUUGAAUUUUACAAAUUAAGAACCACUUAUGUUUCUAGGCUUACCCCUAAAGGCUUUUUAAACUCAAGCUAAUUGUAUUUUAUUUUGUAUUUUCUAAUGUGUAAUAAAAAUCAUUAUUGGGAGGUUUGGCCAGAAUAUGUAAUGCAUUUAAUUGAAACAGAAUAAAUAUUAAACAUGU